AUGGCCGUUUUUAAGAUCGCCUUGUUCGUCGCUCUGGCUCUGAUCGUCGUGGCUUACGCCGAGGAUUCCUCCGCGGAUUUGAAGUCUUCCGAGGCAAGGUACAAUGGAUACCAAAACUACAAUAGUUAUGGUAGUGGAUACGGAUAUGGAGGUCGUUACAGAGGGCAAAACUACGGAUAUGGCAACAACAACUACGGCUAUCGCAACAACUACGGCUAUCGCAACAACUACGGCUAUAACAACUAUGGCUACAACAAUUAUGGCUACAAUAACGGAUACGGUUAUAGAUAUAGUUCGCCUUAUUACUACUAA